AGAGGCAGAUCCGGCAGCUCUCAGACAACAGUCCUGAGCCACGAGCCCCAGAUCCAUUUCUUGGCAGGAGAGGGGCCAGCAGCUGGCAGGGGAGCAGCUGCUGAGCCAGCCACAGAUGCCAAGCAGAGCUGGGAGAGAGCAAAGGAGCCAAGCACCAGCAAUGCCUGGCAAUGCAGCACUCAGAGAAACCCGUGACGUAUUCCAGCGAGCACCCACUUAAGGCCCUGUGGGUGGCAGCAGGAUUUGAGAGCCCACUGGCUUGGCAGGGGGGUUAUAGGGAAAGUUGGGAUGCAGAUGUGGGGGAGGAGGGGCUAGGGUCACUCUCCCCCUGUGAUCUGAAAAGCAGGAAGCUUUUCACGUAGCUGUAGUUUUUAAAGCAAUUCAUGUUGUUCCAGGAGCCAGUGGUUUUAAAGGGGGCUGGUUGGCCUGGCUGGUUUAGUCUUAUCGGGGGCUGUGACAAAGAGAGAGGCAAAGGUGCCUUUGCAAAGCGCCUUCUCGCUUGCAGUGCUGCACGGCUAUCUGGGUGUUGGGGUUUGGCAGUCAGCAGAGAGUAGUUUGUGUUUGCCUUUCCUGUGUCCCAGCUGGUUGGAUGUGAUGUUUACAAGGUGCUGAUCUGCCUGUGCUGGGGAAAUACGCUUUCAGCCUUGCAAGCCCAGCACCGAGCUCCCUGGCUCUUUCGAUGGAAAACCAGAGGAUGCUAAAGACGCAGGAGUCCUGUGCUAGUCUAGGCAGCGGGCUGAGCGAGCUGGUAGGGAACAGGAAGCUGAUGGUUUUGGGGGCUCUGUUAGCCUGGUUAUUAGUUGUGCACUUGCUGGUUAAUAUCUGGCUGCUUUGCCUCCUCUCGGGCUUGCUGGCGGUGUUGGGGGGAUGGCUGGGGUCCCAGGCCGUCAUCGGCACCCGCAGCCGGCUCCACUUGGAACGGUUCAUUCUGCUGGAGAACUGCCCACAGAGCCCCAAGGCGGAGAGGCAGCUGGACGAGGAGAUUGACCGCAUGAUCCAGAAAAUCAUCCGAGACUUUGUGUCCUCGUGGUACCGGACGGUCAGCAGCGAGCAGGGCUUUGAGGAAGAGGUGAGGAAGGCCAUGAUAGGCCUGGCCCUAGAGCUCAAAAGGAGGAUGGCUCUGGUGGACAAGCAAGCCUUGACCCAUAAGAUUCUCUUGCUUUGUGGUUGCCACCUGCAAAGCUACAUGAAAGCAAGGGAGAGCAUGAAGGCUGCAAGGAGCCCGGCAGGACCAGCUCAGCCGGCAGACCAACUCUGGCGAGCGUAUGGCGAGCUCUCUGCCCCACACCCAGCCGUCCAGAGCCCAGCCAUGGAAGUGAACUAUGCCCGGAGCAUUGUGGACCUGUUGCUCCGGGUGCUGGUGCCCAAGCCUCACCUGGAAACUAGGACAGGGCGCUUCGUGGUGGUGGAGCUGGUCACCUGCAAUGUUCUUCUGCCUAUGAUCAAGAAAAUGUCUGAUCCUGACUGGAUCAACUUGUUGCUAAUUGAGAUUUUCUCCAAGAUGGGCAGCAAAGGGGUGAGAAGGGGAAUGCAGGAGGAGCCUCCGUUGGCUGCCUCCCCCUGCCAGCCCACAGUGCCGAAUUCUUUGCCACUGAAAGUUGUGGCACCAUCUCCAAGGCCUUCGGAGCUCCCCAGUUACGAUGUGGUGGACAGCCUGGACUGCAAUCCCCAGGAAGCGGAAGAGGGGAAGGACCUGAUGAGCGGAAAACCUGGUGCUGACAUUGACGGUAGGAAAGCUGGGAGCACGCCUGUGCGCUACUCCCAGCCAGAUACUCUGGGCUCCCUCUUCCUGUGUGAGGACUCAGAGCUCGAGUCCCCUAUGUCUGACCUCGGCAAGGACUCUGAUUCCGUGGUGUUCUUGUCCACGGAGGAAUUCCUCACUGACACAUUCCAGGAUUCCUUUGCGGUGCUGGAGGGGUCGGAUGGCCUGGACCAAGAGGAUGGUGUAGUUGCCAAGGAUGGGUAUCUGGAGGAAAGCACCACUUCUAGGUCUGAAAGGAGCGUCCUCCCCUCUGCACUGAGCCAGUGCCCUGACAUACAAAUCGACCCCGCAGUGGAGAAGGAAGAAAGCUUGGCCUCUGUCACCGCCCUGCUGGCCGAUCCAGAGAAACCUUUCUCGAGGCAACCGUCCUUUCUGGAGAACCCAGCGAAGAGUCCCCUGGACCCUAGCCAGCCGCCUCUCCCACUUUACUCCUCCCAUACCUUCAGCUUUGAGCCGCUCAGUAGCCCUGACAGCCCAGUCAUCAUCCAGAACCUGCGGAUAACUGGAACCAUCACUGCCCGGGAGCACAGCGGGACAGGGUUCCAUCCCUACACACUCUACACAGUCAAGUAUGAGACAGCGCUAGAGAGUGAGAAUGCCAACAACCUUCAACAAGUGGCCUACCAUACGGUGAACCGGCGCUAUCGUGAGUUCCUGAACCUGCAGACCAGGCUGGAGGAGAAACCCGAGCUGCGGAAAUUCGUUAAAAAUGUCAAAGGUCCAAAGAAACUUUUUCCUGAUCUUCCGUUCGGAAACAUGGACAGUGACAAGGUGGAAGCCAGAAAAAGUCUCCUGGAAUCGUUCUUGAAGCAACUGUGCAGCAUUCCCGAGAUUGCCAAUAGUGAGCAGGUGCAGGAGUUCCUCGCCCUGAACACGGACGCCAGGAUUGCGUUUGUCAAGAAACCCUUUGUGGUCUCCAGAAUAGACAAGAUUGUGCUCAAUGCCAUUGUGGACACUCUGAAGACAGCGUUCCCCAGGUCAGAACCUCAGAGCCCAACGGAAGAGCUCAGCGAGACAGAGGUGGAUGGGAAAUCCCAGAUGGAUGGGAAGAAGGCUAAUAAGCCCAGGCUGAGGUUCUCGUCCAGUAAAAUUGCUCCAGUGCUGAGCGCGGCCGAAGCACAUGAGAGGAUCCUGUAUGGUCUGAGGGAGGGCAGCACUGUCUCUGAUGCCUUGUCCCUGGCUGGGAUGGAGUCCUUCAUUCAGAAGCAGGAGAAGUUGCUGGAGGUGAUGUCCAGCAAGGCCCCGGAAACCGAGGGGGUGGGCCCCACGCACGUUCCACAGCAGCCAGUGUACCAGAAGGAUGACCCUGAUUCUGAGACGCCCUUGGCAGACACGGCUCUGGACCUGCUGCAUCUGCUACUGAUGGAUCGCUGGAGCUGGCUCUGCACUGAGAACAUGCAGAAGGUGCUGCACCUCCUCUUUGGGUCCCUGAUCCAAAGAUGGCUGGAAGUGCAGGUGACUAACCUGACCUGCACUCAGCGCUGGGUCCAGUACCUCCGAUUGCUGCAGGAAUCCAUAUGGCCCGGGGGAGCCUUACCAGCGAUGCCUAAACCUUUCAGGACGCAGGAGCAGAAGGAGGCAACGGCACAGCAGGCCUUGCAGAGCCUGAUGGGACUCCUUCCUGACUUAAUUCUGGAAAUCCUUGGGACAAGCAGAUGUCAACUGAGCUGGAACCUGGUCCUUGAGUCACUACGUCAACCCAUCAUAAACAGGCACUUGGUUUACCGCCUCUUGGACAUCCUGCUGGAGUUUUUGAUACUUAAUACCUCCAGUGAUGAUCCCAAAACAACAGCUGUAACUUCAUCUGUCUCUAACAGCCCCGAGUCAGCAAGCAUUUCCCCACAUUAACCAGGGCUGCUGCUGCCAGCGACAAAGAAGAAUGGGCAGCAGAGAAAAGAAUUCAUAGGCAUCAGGCAACUGGCAUUCAGUGUUUGCUGGACAGAGCUGGAAGUUUCUUAAUUAACUACCCCAGCCGGUCCAACAUGAGGCUUCUUUCAGGCUUCUCUUUGUUGGUGGGGUGACUGACUAUGCCUAGUGUGAGCAGAUGGAGAUGUUUGUGUGUAACAUUCGUUUCCAUUCCAUAACUCACGUGAUGGAGAGCAAGGAGCUCACAGCGGAAAAGCACCUGAUCUCUCUUGGGGCAAGCAGGCUGCUAAGUGAGGCCAGGCCAGCCACAAAUCCUGCUUGGAUGUAAUUUCAUGCCCUUACCUUUUAUCUCUUGAAUCUGAGUAGUCCUGACCCAGAAUGGUCGGUGGCAAAACAGGGUUGGUUCAAGACCUUUGGGCCCUGGCACUGAUGUGCAGAGACAUGACCCCAGGACCUCCCAUCAUCUGAACUCCCAUUGACUCGCAUGCCAUAUAAGGCAAAGAGAAGAAAGAUUGCAGCUCUUAUCCCUAGUGAAUAAAUUUACCACUUAGCUCCUCAUUGAGCGAAGGCUGCAGGGUGCUGAGUUUCCUGCCUGACCUUUUCCCAUUCAGGAUGGAUGUCUGCAUGGAGAAAUCCUCAUGUCAUACCUGUUCCUUCCUGGAAAGAUGAGAUAGAGACAAGAAGACAUCCUCAGAGGGAGUUCAUGCCUUUGGUGCUUUCCAUCCAAAUCUGUGGGAACUCCAGAGUGAUGAGUAACAAGCGGAAAGCUCCUGCCUUGCCUUAGGGGCAGGGGAAAGUGCCUCACACCAUUGCAACUCCAAGAUCAUCUUGUUUCAAGAUCCCUCAUUGCCCAGGCUAAGGAGAGGGAUCUGGUGUGAAACAGAACUGGAGGGCACCACAUCCAUCCCCAAGUUAUUUGCCUGUGCAGGGAAAAUUGAAGAUUAUGGGGCAAUGGCUCCCCCACCUCAUGUUGUCUUGUAAGUGGGGAUUGUUAAGGGUCCCGGGGUUAUGAUGGAGGCACCACACCACAGAUGCGCAGCAGCUUCUUUAGCAUGAAGGCCAGGUACUGUUUGGAAACUGAGACCGUCCCUGAUCUCAGCUUCCCCAGAGGAUCUCUACCAUUGAUUCGUGGCCGGGCUACUCUGUGGAAGAAAGGAACUGACUCAUAUGAGGCACACGGGCAAUAAAUUAGUUUCUAUAACCAUAGACUGCCUCUUACAGCAAAUUCUUGGAGAUCCGUCACUUCACUGGUGCUCAAAGGCGUUUAUCAUACAGCUCUCAUUGGUAGCUAAGUGGGAGGGUGGUUAAAGCAGACAGUGGGUGUCCAGACUUCAGGGUUCCAUCCCCAGCUCUGCCUUGACUUGCUGCGUGACCAUGAGCAAAUCACUUUAACCUUGUUGUGCCUCAGUUUCCCUAGCUGUAAAAUUGGGAGGGAUAUUGUUAGGGUUGAUCUAUUGUUUGCAUAGUGCUUUAGAGACCGACGAUGCCUCAGGGUGACAAUCUCUACAGCAUACCAAAGGCAUCAUGGGCUUAUGGUGCCCUGCUGUUGAAUUAAUGUUAAAGCAGGUGAACAGGGCAUAUGAGCAUCAACAAAAGUAUUUGCAUUUCAUCCAGCUCGUGGGCCAGAUUUCACCAGGUCCCAAGCAACAGUCUAACUGGCAUUGGACUUUUUCAUCCACGAGGAUCCUGCCUCCUGUGAUUCUCGACAGUUUAAAAUAGAUAAUGGGGGAGAGCUGGCAUGAGAGAGGCCUGCAAGGUCAUGGCGAUCAUUUCCAUUCUACACUACAUCCCAAUGUGCUUGUCCUCUCUUACAAGUGUUACACUCAAUUACCCACUAACUGAAAGGGAAGAGCAUUAGCCUGUCACACGAGCCCACUAGUCCCCAAUCAUUGUGCUGGAUUUGUGUGUGCAUCAUUUUCACUGUAGUGGACAUUUAGCUGGAGGAGUGAGUAACACUAGUGCAGGUAGCUGUGAAGACACAGACCCUGCUCUUUCCAGAGGGAGACAGCUGCAGUCUCCUGUGUGGGUAUCUACCCUUGGGUGUGUGUACUUCCUACAAGUAUGUGAAAGGUAUAAACACUAAGGGAGUGGGAUCAUUUAGGAUGGUCUGGGGGAGCCCAAAAGCUAAGGACUCAGAUGAAAUUGAGCAAAAGGAAGUUUUAGUCUGUCUAUGAACGAAAACUUCCUAACCGAUGCCAUGACCUCUUAGGGGAAGGAAUAGCCUCCCACGUGGAAAGGGCUAAAGUCCAUUGUUUGAGUCAUUUAAGACUCAAUUUUGGUAAAGAAUUGGAGAACAUACCAUAGAGGACAAUCCAUCCCACAGUGGCAGAAAGUGUGGAGUAGAAGGUGGGAUCCAAUAGGUUUUUCCGUCUCCAAUUUCUCUUUGUUAUUCUUAGGCCACAGGUUGCUCUUCAGCAUCCCAUUUCACUUCUUCCUCCUCACUCCCUGGCUUGCUAUUUUGUUCUUCUGUCCCAUAAUUUUGGUUUACAGCAUAUCCUGACCUGCUUUUCCCUAAAGGAGUCUAGGAGAGGCCCUAAGAGAAGAGGCCAUCAGCCACAAUCUGAUGUAACAUUAUUGAGCCCUGCUGCAGGUCUGGCUAGAGGCUUCCCUGUUUGUUUGUUUUUUGGUCUUCUGCAUGGAUGUAAUCUCAUGUCUUGGAUGUCUCAAUUGUACCCAAUGUAAACCUGAGAGGACAAAAUAAAGAGACUGGUUGAUGGGUUAAUUACUCACCUAUAAAUCAGAUCCUGCAGUGUCAGAGGGGAGAAAGGGGGAGAUAUUUGCAAUCCUAAAACCAUGGAAUAUAGGAUUGGACAGGAGAGAGGGUGAGCCUAGGGUUCUCACCUGUCGAGAGGGUUUAAAUAUUCUAUCUUGAACUCUGAGGUUACUUGAGGGCAGCUUUUCAUGAAUAUAUAGAAUAUGAGGGUUGGAAGGGACUGUAUCUAGUCCAGCUCCUGCUCAAAGCAGAACCAAUCCCCAGG